GCCCGAGCCCGCUGCGCGCACUUUGUGCUUCAUCUGUUCGUCAUUCACCUCGCACGUACGCUGUUUCGCGGUGAUUUGCUCGUUCCUUUUUUUUUCAUUUCCAACUGCGUUCGAUCACUGUGCAACUGCACGCGAAUAUCUCGCAUACCCGUCGUUCUAUCUGCUCUUCGGUACUCAACCCAGGCUCGCCCGACCCACGCAGAUUGACAAGAUGUCACUGUCAGAGUUCCGCAAGAAGAAGUUACUCUACGUCUUCAACACCUUUUUCGAUUGCAAUCAGAGUGGCGCGAUCGAUAAGAAGGAUCUCGACCUUGCUGUGCAACGAAUCAGCGAAUGCAGAGGCUGGACUCCUGACAAUCCCAAAGUUCAAAGCACGAGGGACAAUUUGCUCAAAAUGUGGGACGGUUUGAGGCAAAGGGCUGACGCCGAUCAAGAUGGACAAGUUAGUCGAGAGGAAUGGUAUUCACUCUGGGAAGAAUACGCGAAUGAUCCAUCGAACCCAUCCGAAUGGCAACAAACAUACAUGACAUUGAUGUUCCAGUUGUUCGAUGCGUCCGGUGACAAAUCCAUCGACGAGAGCGAGUUCUGUAACGUGUGCAGAUACCACGGCGUCCCAGAAGCCGAGGCCAAGGAGGCGUUCAAAAAACUGGGAGUCGGUCAGGAAAUAACCUGGGAGAAAUUCGCCAACCUCUGGAAGCAAUAUUUCUCCUCGGACGAGCCAGCCACAGCCGGAAACUUUAUUUUCGGGAAAACCUCGUUCUAACUCGCUCUCCAGUACCGUGGUAACCGAGAGACGUAUUAUUACCAUUUUCCUAUACGUCGCCAUUGUAUCGUCCAUUCGUCUGAUUUCUCUCGUGGUCAAUUUACCUCUAAUCAUUAAUAAUCACCGUUCGGGGGUUCUUCUUGUUUGACAACGAAAUAAAACGCAAAAAAAAACUUCUAUGAUUUUAUCGACGCUCGCGAAACGAUCGCGAUCAUUCGGCAAGCAGAAGUCUCUUCGCUCCUCGCCGUGUAAAUAAUCGUCCUCGUGGGUCCGGAGACGGGCAAAACCCUUACAUGAAUAAUCCUCUACAAAACCUCACUCUUGUUUAGAUGAGCAAUACAAAAUUCGAACUCGAAUUAUGGAAAUAUAUCACGAUAAAUAAACGAAGGACGAACGUCACGAAUGAAUUACUGACGCGUUUUAGUCGCUAUCUGUUGCUCGAAUAAAGUUUUGCCUGUCUCCACUCCCGAGUUCACGAUGGACGAUGUGUUCGAAUGAUUUCGUUUCUCGCCAUGGAGCGAAAUUUUCCCCGGCGCUCGACAGCUGUGGUGACGAAGUAGGGCUGGGUCUACUUGCCCAAGUUUUUUAGCGUUCGAAUACAGCAAGCGCGUAGAUUCGUUUCAAAAAGCUUUGCGUCCUGGGUCACAGCCGCGGCUCCAUUAGGCGUGGUGCGCGAGGAGGAUGCGCGUGAGAUUACUCGCUGUCUACUGCCACACGGCGCGUUGGAUUAUUGGAUAUUUUAGUAAAGGAUGAUUCGAAUAGUCCCAGCCCUGCGCAUAAAUUAUAUAUCACUGUAUGUUUGUAUCCGUAGCGUACGUUAAAUGUAAGAAAACGAACUCUUUAGUUCGGCAGUUAAACAAAAAAAAAAAAAGAUUGUUUUUUUCAAACCAAUGUAUCAGACGAUGCGCUUAAUUAGCGAAUAAUGCUUCCCUCCAGUUUGUUGCACGGCAGACAGUGUUUUCAGAGUUUAAAAUAAACUUGUUCCCGAAUACUGGUAGACGAAGGCGUUGUGUUACUAUCGGAGGAGAUCGAAACGUGGAACGAAACAUUGACGGGAAUAAGGAAAGAAGUAACUUCGAUCUGUUAUCGAUUGGCACGACGACUGGAAAUUAUUAGAAGUUUCGAACAAGUUGGCUUAAUUAUCGUGUACGAAGCAUCACGGACGAGGUGUUAUAUAUAUAUAUAUAUAUUUUAAACGAGUUGUCGAUAUCGCCCUAAAUGUGUCUUGUAUAGACAUUAUACAUAUAUAUAUAUAUAUUUAAAAUGACAGAGUUUUCAAUAAAUUGUGAUCAGAGAGAUUUAUAAAUUUUAAUCGGUGUUGACUUGAAGAGGCAGUCGAAGAACUGAAUGUUGGUACGUAUUAUUAUUUUAAACUAUUAGGUGGACUGGAAAGUAAUGUCGUUUUUUCAAUUUGAAAUACUUGUUUAUCACUCACUAGCUCAUUGAUUUUUAUCGAUCUGGCAUUCAAAAUGUUUACACUAAAUGGCAAAAGGCUGUUGAUAACGAGGCCAAUUACAUGAUCUAUUAAAAAAAGAAAUUUAUUACAAAUUUGUUUGAAUUCAAUGUAAAAUAAACGACAUUACUUUCCAGUCCACCUAAUAUUUUAUCGUCUAUUGCCCUAUUACUCAGUCAAAUUCCUCCAGGUGUUGUAUUCUUAGAACAAUUUCUUCAUAAAUUUUUUUAACCACCGAAUUUUUGUAACACUGUUUCAAUUUCUAAAAGUAUAUUGCGUGGAAAUAAUUCUGUUCACGACGGAGAUAAUUGUUGUAGACAGUGGAGAUCAUUUUUUGGGCAAUAGAGUUCGACGUAAUCACGAAUUAAAAGAUAAGACACGAUCGCAUUCGUAUUCAUACUAAACACGGACACCAAGUAUAUGCCGCGAGGAUUUCAGUGAAAAAUAUAAUCGAAAUACUGUUUCUGUUUAAUUAAUCAUUUUUAUGUUCGGGAAUUAAUAACCCUCGAAUUGCUGAUGUUUUCUUAGCUUUCGUCAAAUUUCAUUGACGAAUUGUUGCAAUUAUUUUUAACCGACUUCAAAAAGAAGGAAGUUACUCAAUUCGACAUGUAUAUUUUUUUCUGCAAGUAUAUUUCGUACAAAAAUGUUUAAAAAUAAUAAAUGAGGUCACGGGUACGAAUACGACUGUGAUGUGUUUACGUUUAGUUGUACCAUUCGAAACAUUGUUCCGCUUCAAGGUAAACAAUGACGUUGUUGUCGCGAUCUAACAUAGCCUGUCAUGUAAUUCUGAGUGUACAAUAAAAGGAAAUUAAAACCAUUAA